ACUCAAAUUCAAAAACCGUUAUUAACCCGCGAAAUGAAAGAGCAUCAAACACCAACGAAGCUCUCUGCUCGCUCCGCCGAGAAUCGCACCGGAAAAUCCAAAGAUUCUCCGGCGAAUAAAUCUAAAAAGGCUCAGAUCUCGAACAAGAGCUUGAAUGCAUCAUCUGCAUCCGUUUCUGAAGAAUCCUCGAAUUCAUCACUGAUUUCUGAGAUCAAAGAAAAUAAUCUAGAUGAAAAUGUCACAACUUUCUUGUUGGAAGAAGCUUCCUCUGUAACUUUGCUUCAGCCUGAAAAACUCACUGACACAACGGAAAAUAGUUCCGGUAGUUGCUUUGACGUGUGCGAGUUUGAAGGUGCUAAAUUCAAUUCUAUGGAGGAUCAAAUCACUAUGAAUUUUCUCAAAAAUUUUAAACCUGGUGAGAUCCUCACUUUUGACAAUGCUGAUCCACGGUAUAAGAAGCUUAGGGAUGAGAUAAUUGAGUAUGUCCUACAAGAUCUCAAACGCAAUGUGCUGCCAGGGGAUGGAAAUCACACACUAUCACCAUCACAAGGGCUUUCCCGGAAAAACAGAUUGGUGUUUCUAAGUGUCAUCAUUUGGUUCAUUGCAAUAUUGGUGAUACUUUUCUGCACUCCUGAUGCUGAUUGUGGAUUAGUGGCAACUUGAACCAUUCCACUGAAGUGAUACAGUAUUUCUUCUUAGACUUGAGGUAAUUUGAAUGGUUUUCAAUUUGUAUUAGUCUUUUGACUGAAUGUUUUGUACAUGUAUUAACAUACUUGAAUGAUGUGGUUGAUUACUGCUGUUAGUAGGUGUUAGGCACCUCAUUUGAUACUUACAAAAUCUUAAUUGUGUUUGUGAGGUCUAUGUUGAAUAUAACAUAGAGCCUUAAUAAGUCACAGAUUGACCGUGGUUGCAAUGAUGCUGUAAAUAAAUAUAAACGCUUUGGCAGUUAAUGUUAAGAAGCAUGUGUU